ACAUAAAUAUCUAUAUACACACAUAUAAAUAUAUCUCACACAUACACCUAUAUACCCACACAUAUAUACAUAUACAUACAUACAUACAAAUUCACACAGACACCUAUAUAAUCUCUGCGCACACUUCGUUGGUUUUCAUUUCUGGACUUGCCCCCUUUUUAAAGACCAUAAAAAGGAGAAGACCAGCUUGCUUUGGUGGAAGAGAAGAUGCAGACCUUUCUGAAGGGGAAGAGGGUGGGAUAUUGGCUGAGCGAGAAAAAGAUCAAGAAGCUGAAUUUCCAAGCCUUUGCAGAGCUUUGCAGGAAAAGAGGAAUGGAAGUUAUACAGCUUGACCUAACUAAACCAAUAGAAGACCAGGGCCCAUUAGAUGUGAUCAUCCAUAAACUGACAGAUGUCAUCAUUGAAGCUGACCAAAAUGACAGCCAGGCACUGGCAUUGGUUCAUAGAUUCCAGGAGUAUAUUGAUGCUCAUCCUGAAACCAUCAUUCUGGACCCCCUGCCUGCUAUCAGGACACUGCUGGACCGAUCAAAAUCUUAUGAGCUUAUUAGACAGAUAGAGACAUACAUGCAAGAUGAGAGAGUCUGUUCACCACCAUUUAUGGAGUUGACAAGUGCAUGUGGAGGAGAUACCUUGGAGCAAAUAGAAAAGAAUGGAAUUGCGUUCCCAUUCAUUUGUAAGACAAGAGUAGCCCAUGGAACCAAUUCUCAUGAGAUGGCUAUCAUAUUCAACCGGGAAGGCCUCAAAGCCAUUCAACCACCAUGCGUGAUUCAAAGCUUCAUCAACCAUAAUGCGGUGUUAUACAAAGUCUUUGUAGUUGGAGAGUCAUACACUGUGGUGAAGAGACCAUCAGUUAAGAACUUCUCAGCAGGUGUUUCAGAUAGAGAAUCAAUAUUUUUCAACAGCCACAAUGUAUCAAAACCAGAAUCUUCUUCCAUUCUAACUGCACUCGAUAAAAUAGAAGGUGUGUUUGAGAGGCCAAAUGAUGAUGUCAUCCAGGCAAUCUCGAAGACGCUGAGGCAAGCGCUGGGAAUUUCUCUCUUUGGGAUUGACAUCAUCAUUAACAAUCAAACUGGUCAGCAUGCCGUCAUCGAUAUUAAUGCAUUCCCAGGUUAUGAGGGUGUCUCGGAGUUCUUCAUGGAUCUCCUGAACCACAUAGCUACCGUCCUGCAGGGCCAAGCUCCAGAGGUGUCCCAGCUAAACCGUAGCAAACAUCUGGCUGAGCAAAACAGCAGCCUUGUGGGGGAGCGGACAUGCUGUGCUGCUGCAGCCUGCCGGAGCCUGGUGGGCAAAGACUCCUGGAUUGUGGACAGCGAGACCAACAGCUCCAUGAAACUUCAGCACCAGAGACUAGGCUGUAACUCUGCGGUGUCUCCAAGCUUUCAGCAACACUGUGUUGCCACAUUGGCAACGAAAGCUUCCUCCCAAUAACCCAAUCUGUGCCACAGACUGAAAGAAAAAAGAGAGAGAAAUAACCCUGUAGGCUCAAGGACCAGAACAGGCUGGUUGGUAAUGCUACUACUAAACAAAACAAAUCUUUGUUGAUUCAACACAAAUUUAAAAAUGAAAACAAAAUUAGUGGUCUGGGUCCACUUCAUCAGAUUCCUAUUGUAGAUCUGUAGUGAAUUUACACGUGUGUGUGUAUUUCUGUGUGUCUGUGUGUGCAUGUGUCUUAAUCAUUAGACCUUAAUAUGGGAGGAUGGGUUUUAUAUUCCACCCCACCCCACUUUCUCCCUUCUUUAUAAGUUUUAGGGAUCAGGAUCUCAAGGAUAAACCUCAAAGACUUGAUAGAAUGAUGCUAAAAUGUGUUCAGAUGUUCUUGGUUUCUUCCCAACACAACCCAAAGAGUAAAUUGAGAUGCUACAUGUUUUUUAUGUGUGUACUGAACACAGUAAAACCUAAAAGCCUAAGUUUGGUGUUGUUUACUUUGAUUAGAGUCACCUUCAAACUGUCUCCUCUAUUUCAUUUGUCACUGUGAAAAGUAGAGUAUAUCACCUUGUUAAAUUUAAUAAUAGAUGGAAGUUGUUGCAACACUGCUAGUGUCGUCUGCCAAAGGUGGGAACCAUGUGGCCCUCCAGAUGAUGGACUGCAACUCUCAGCAGACUUAGCCAGGAGAGCUGAUGAUGGGGGAUGCUGGGAGUUGCAUUUCAGAAACAUCUGGAAGACCAGAUUAUUCCUGUCUCUAAUUUAUCUUGUCUCACUAAUGGUUGGGAAUAUUAGCAUAUCUGACACAAGGGGUAACCCAGGGAUGUUCAUUUUUAACUAGUGUGUCUUCAUUUUCUGCUGCUUUCCUGAUCCUUAAAUCACAGUAGAUCCAACUCUCUUUGCGACCAUUACUCCCUCAUUUUCUCGACAAUGAGCACAAUAAGAGAGUAGAAGGUUAGAAGAGUUACUUUUUUGGACUUCACCUCCUAGAAUCCCCCAGCCAAUGUAGCAGAUUUCCUGGUGUUGUCAAUGGCUUGGGAGGAUAGGGGAAGGGAAGAGAAGAGAAGGAAAGCGGGAAGGCCUCGUUGUGUUAGUGGACGGCAGCUAGCAUGUUGGAUUUGGGCCAGAAGCUGACAAAUCAUAAGAAUGUGGUCUCCUGUCAAUUUUUCUGACUGCCACACCUUCCCCCUCCCUUCCCCCUUGAAAAUAUGUUUUUACAAAGGAGUAAAAAUGGGAGUGGAAUUCCACUUUCUUUUGUAGUGCAAUCUGCAGCAGAUCCAAGGGUGACAGAGCUCACUCACUUGGAGUCAGGCUAUAGUGCCAUGAUGUAGGCCAUAGGCAUAACCUCUCUCCCUGUUUUCUUCUUUUUCUUGGAGGGGAAAAGGAGCAUAUUGAACAUGCAGGUAUAUAAGCAACGCCACAUGUUAUUUUGUGACGUUAUACAAGGAAGCAUGAGUGCUCACAGCUGGUAAAGAUAAUCCAUUCCAGGAAGUGUGUAACAUAUUAUCCCCCCACUGAUAUUAGAUAUUUUUAGAUCUUUAAGAAGAAAGAGAACUGAGGAGUCUCAUGAAAUUUUGGGUAGGGGAAGAGGGAAGUGACCAGAAAUAAUGCAAAGACAUGUAUUUGUCCAACACUUGGGGGUAUAUUUUGUGGAAAGCCUAUAAGUUUUAGUUUUGUGUGGGGAGAGAAAGAGAGAGAGAGAGAGAGAGAGAGAGAGAGAGAGAGAAGUUAAUAUUGCUAUAGGACUUUGUUUUUUACAACUUCAGAAAAACCCCUGCAGUAGAUUAUAAACACUAUUAGUCUUUUCUUUAUUAAAUAAAAGACUCUUAAAUAGAAUUUAAAGAUCAUCAAACAUUCAUUCUGGACUACUGUAUCAAAUUUUGAUCAUAAUGAUUCUAAAUAAUUACCUCCCCCAAUCCCAAGAUUUGUUGAAGUGUCAUAAUAAAUUGUAGAGUUUUGCCUGUGAUUGUUUUACAUGCAGUGGAGUAAAUACGAAGCAUGGGUUGAACAUGGAUUUGUUAGCCACUUUGUGAUAGAGCAAGCCCUUUGUAAAUCCACGAGCUAAAAGAACAAACUGAAAACCUUUUGAAAAGAAUUUUGUAAAUUUUUCUUUUCAGCUUGAUUUGGUAUGGGUGUGCAUGUAACACAAGCCACGACUUCAGGUUGUCUUAAUGCAUGGCAUCUCUGAAAGCAGCUAAGUCUCCAGAAAAUCAAACUUCAUGAUGCCAUCUUGUUGAGUGUCAAUAUUGUAGUGUUGCACACUGGCUGCUCCUUGUGUGGGUCAAGAAACAAACGUCUUGAGGUAGUGUCAUGCAUCUUGCUUUACAAAACAUUACGAGGGAGAGCAGGAGGAGGAGUUGUGAAUUUAGCCCUUGCUCUUGGAGAGCAGGCAAUCUGGAGCAUAUAUGGUUGUCAUAUGGCAUUACUAUCUUACACCUUUUUUUUUGUUAACCAUUACCCCGACCUUUACCCAUCAUUUGUGGAAGUGGCAAUAUUAAAAUUGGAUUAUGGGACAAGCAAGCUAAAAGAGAAAAUGUUCAGUCUAGUUAAGUAACAGGAGAUGUUUCAGAAUUGUUUACAGCAAUCUGCGUAUUGGAUCCAAUUGCAGUGUCCUUAUGCUGUUUCUAAUUUUAAUAAUGACUAAGAAUUUAUUUUCAUGGCUACCUUCUAAAUUUUGGUUGGCUUAUUUUGCACUGCUUGUUUUCUCCAAAAUAAACUACUGAAAUAUAAUUGUGCAUUUUAUAUUUGUUUACAAAUGAUUAUUAAGUAUAUUUUGUAAAGUCUCUGAAGUCUUAACAAAGAGUAUGUCUUAUAGAAAUGCAUCCCAGAUCUUAACUAUAACCAAAGCCUGACUUUUAAUUCUGUACCCUGGUAAGUUGCCAGCAUCUUUCUCACCAUAACUAUAACUGAUGCUAAUUUAAGAGAAAUUAUGAUGUAAUUUUUUUUCAUAUCCCACAACUAUUCUAUAAUUAGAUGGCAUUAUAACUGGAUUCAGCAAGUA